UCAUCUCUGGUAGAGAGUAACGAAAAAAAAAAAACCUCGACAUUCGAGCGUCGAGUGGUCUCGGCCAGGUGUCCUUGACGGGCAUACAUCCGAGACACUAUCACUGGUUUCAUCUCCUCCAAAUGUUUCGACACACAUCUAUAAAAAUGUUGGGCUUAUUGAUUUUUCAAACAUUUAUUAUGUUUGUGGUUGGUCAAGAUUUAUUUUUUCCUGAUCAAGUUGAUGACUAUCAAAAUUUUGAUUAUCAAAAUAAUCGAUUCUCACCUUUUCGUCCAUUGCAAUCACCCAAUGUUCAUUACAGUGAUAGCCAGGCUAAAUAUGAUGCUCCACAAUCAAUCCAAGUAUCGUCAUCAUCAUCAUCCGCGCAAAUUCCAAGGGAACCCGAAUACUGGGCAAAUCAUGUGAAUAAUAUAAUAAGCAGAGGUGUUACGAAUUUUGGUUUGAAAUUAAAUCGUGUAUUACAAAAUGAUGAAAGACAACGUGAUCCUGAUAACAUUGUAUUUUCACCAACUAGUCUUGUUGAAACAUUGUCAAUGGUAUUACUUGGUUCAGCUGGUAAAACAUUUAACGAAGUUGUUAAAAUACUUGGCUUUGAUAGAGACAUUGAUGUCUCUCUUCAUUCGGAGAUUAUUCAUCGUUUAUUUGGACUUAAAUUGCAAUCGAUUGUCACAAAUAAAGGAGACAAAUUUGGGCCACAGAUCACCUCUGCCAAUGGCAUAUUUGUUCAGGAUGGCUAUCCAAUUCGACCCGAAUUUUUAGCCAUAAGUAAAGGUAUAUAUCACAAUGACGUGAUAAAUGUAAACUUUCGUGAGAAUCCAUGGAGUGCACGACAAAUCGUAAAUGAAUGGGUGGACAAGAUGACUAGAGGACGAAUCAAUACUCUGCUAUCUGAUCCACCCAGUUACGACACUAAAGUUAUUUUAGCCUCAACACUUUAUUUUAAUGCUGAAUGGAAUCAGCAUUUUAUGGCUGGAUCUACAAAACAAAGACCAUUUACAUUACCUUCUGGUCAAACAAUCACUGUUGAUAUGAUGUUUAAUGGUGGUAAAUUUCCGUUUUAUGAGGAUCAACAGUUGGGUGUCAUGAUGUUAGCACUUCCAUAUAAAAAUGGUGCAAAAGGACCUAUGAAACCAGCACAUUUUUCAGAGUUUGAAUCAACAAUGUAUCUCAUGCUACCAACUUCAGAUUCAUCAAAUUCUUUGGCUGACCUUGAAAAUCGUUUAACUCCGGAGAUAAUUGAUUCACUUAUAUCUCAUUUAAAAGUUGAAGCUUGUAUAAUUGCAGUACCAAAAAUGAAAUUAUCAACAACAUUAAAUUUAAAUCGUGCACUUCAAGCACUUGGUUUAUCAUCACUUUUUGUUCCUGGUGAAGCAAAUUUGGCAUUAUUAUCACCAGGUUUAGAAACAACAAAAUGGCAAAAUCAAGAUCCAAUAAAACGUGAUGAUGAUGGUAUAUUUUCUCGUUUUGGUGAACAAACUGAAUCACCAAAUAAUGAACGAGAUUUUAGUAACAAAAAAGGAUACAUUAAGUAUGAAGAUAUACGUGGUGGUUAUUCAAUUCAACAAUGGUCAAAUGGUGUUUACAUUGAAAAUAAUCGUAAAAUAAAAUCUCCAUCACGAUCAAAGAGAUCCAGUCCAAAUAAUGAUGAUGAUACUGUAAAUGAAAACAAUAUUAAAAUAAAUUCAUUACAUAACCAAAAAAAUGAUAACUUACGCAAUAAACGCCAAACGAUUAAUGAUAAUUUUCGAGGGUUUAUUGAACGACAGGAUAUAUCACAAUUUGGUAUUGACACAUUGAGAAAUAGUGGUCAACUUGGUAAUCCAGGUCUCUUUGCAUCAGACGUACUACACAAAGUUGAAAUUGAUAUAACUGAAACUGGUACUGUUGCUGCUUCAGCAACGAGUGUUACUCUCAAUCGAAGUGGCAACUACAAACGUUUCGUUGCUGAUAGACCAUUCAAUUUCAUUAUUCGACACAAUCCAACAAAACUCAUUCUCUUUCAAGGUACAAUCAAUAAACCAACACCAAAUUAUUCAUAGAAUUAAAUUUUAUUUUAUAAUUUUAAUUAUAAAACUUUCUUUUUUCUCUCUUUUUGUUAAUACUAUUAUUAUUAUAAUUAUUUAAAACAUUGCAUCGCCAUCUAUGGCUCCAAAGAUAAAUGUAAUUAUAUUUAAAUUUACUAAUAUUUUAAUAAUGAUAUUAUGAAUUGAAAUUUAAAUGAUAAAAAACGAUAAAUCAUUGAGAAUUUUUAUAGAUAUUUUGAUACUGCUUUUCUAUUUUUUUUUGUUUUGUUUCGUUUGAUUAUUAUCACUCAUAGAAAACAAUUUAUUGAUAAAAAAAAAAAAAAAAAAUAUCAAAUGCUUUAGGCUAUAAAUAAAGUGUGUUAGAUAAUAAAUUGAAUUUUUUUUUAUGCGAUAAUUAUAUGUGACAUAACUUGAAAAUGAUUGUUACUUGUCACUGUAAACAAUAGGCCAUUUUAAAGACUGAAUUCAAUAGCUGACAUAAUAGUUGUCCUUGAAUCAUUCUUUGUACAUCAAUAAUUACUUAAACUCAUCAUAAAAUACACACAUUAAAUAAUAAUAAAUAUUUUUAAUAAUUUAA